AUGUUUCGCUGGUUGGCGGUCAUCGGAAUUGUCACGAUCGUUAGCGCCCAAAACGUGCAAAAACCCUGUCCGGAUGGCUGGGUCCAGUAUGGGCAGCUGUGCUAUAUGUAUUCCGGGAGUGUACAAAGGAGCUGGCUGAACGCGAUCAACUACUGCGCAACGGUCGGCGGUCAGCUUGCGGGCGCUUACAAUCGAAGCACGCUGAACUUUCAAAUUGGGCUAUCCCCGAAUCCACUCUACGCCACCUGGGGUGGCCUUUAUCUCGAUGGAUCGACGUGGAAAUUUGUGGACUACACCUAUUCUUUUAAUCUCUACGAAAUGUGGGCUCCAGGGGAGCCGCUGGCUAACCAAGGCGGAUGCGGCGCCAUCCGCUCCGGGGCCCAGAGCGGCUAUUUCAACGUACCCUGCCAGAAUUCCCAGCCUUUCAUCUGCUCACAGAAAAUUGCUACAUGCGAUACCCGCAACCUGACAGCCGUGUACGGCGUCCGAGGCACCGUUCAGUCCCCAAAUUUCCCGGAUACCUACUCCAACAAUGAGAAUUGCAUCCAGCACAUUGUCGCCAACCAGAGCCAAUUCGUCGACCUGGCCUUUGAUGCGUGGAAUGUUGAGCCGAGAUACGACUAUUUGGUGCUGUACGAUGGGUGGUACCCGGGAGAAGACGCGCUCGUCAUCGCAAACCUUACCUACGACCCGACCAACAUCACCGACAACAGCACGAAGCCGAAUUUUCAGACUACCAGCAACGUGAUGACGCUGCAGUUCAUCACCGACAACUCGGUGCAGCGCACCGGCUGGCACGCCAAUUAUACGCUUCGGCCCUAUCUUCCCGAUAUUGCGGCCAGCGGCUCGUCCGGGAUGCUGCAAAGUCCAAACUACCCGAGUAACUAUCCGUACGAUGCCGAGCAGAUGUACUAUAUUAAGACGAUACCCGGCACCAAGAUCUACCUCUCGUUCCUCGAUUUUUGGACGGAAACUUGCUGCGAUUAUUUGGCCGUGUACGAUGGACCCGACCGGACGGCUCCGUUGCUUGGAAAGUUCUCCGGCUCGACGGUCCCCAGCCCUGUCACCUCAUCGAACAACUCGAUGACGCUGUUCUUCUACAGCGACUAUCUGCUGUCCUACCGUGGUUUUCAGGCCAGCUGGACGAUCAUG